AACGAUAUUGGUGCAGGCUGCCGCAGUCCCAUCAAGCUCCUCUUUAUGUCCUAGGUGGACCCAAUUUACCUGCCCUCAUCAAGCAAGGGAUAAAGCGGCCAGAAAAUUCUGUUUUAUAUGGUGGAGAGCGUAACAAGAAGAUCAACAGAUAGACAAGACCAGCAGUUCCCAAUGGCAACUCCGGUGAAAGUUUACGGCCCACCAAUGUCCACUGCCGUAUCUAGAGUCUUAGCCUGUCUUCUCGAGAAAGAUGUGCAAUUCCAGCUCAUCCCCGUUAACAUGUUCAAGGGCGAGCACAAGAGUCCUGAUUUCCUCAAAAUCCAGCCCUUUGGUCAAGUACCGGCAUUUCAAGAUGAGAGCACCUCCCUCUUUGAGUCUAGGUCAAUAUGCAGGUACUUAUGUGAAAAGUACGCAGAGAAGGGAAACACAGGAUUGUACGGGACAAACCCAUUGGCGAAAGCUUCCAUCGAUCAAUGGCUGGAGGCUGAAGGGCAGAGCUUUAACCCCCCAAGCUCAGUCCUCGUGUUCCAGCUCGCAUUUGCACCACGAAUGAAGAUUAAGCAAGACCAAGCCGUAAUCAACGAAAAUGAACAGAAGCUCGCCAAAGUGCUGGAGGUGUACGAGAAGAGGCUCGGGGAAAGUCGGUUCUUGGCGGGCGAUGAGUUUUCCUUAGCUGAUCUUUCACACUUGCCUAACACACAUUACUUGGUGAAUGCUUCUGAUAGGGGAGAGCUCUUCACUUUCAAGAAAAACGUGGGGAGGUGGUGGGGUGAGAUUUCGAGCCGUGAUUCGUGGAAGAAGGUGGUUGAAAUGCAGAAGCAGACGACUUGAACCAUGGUUUUGUUGGCUUUUCUUACAUGGUAGUCUUGUUGAGCUUUUGCUUCAAGUUCAACUAGGGUUUUUCCAUAUUUGCUCUGUUUCCAUGUUGUUGUUACCGUUGUUGUUUACCAUUAUAUUUCGUGGAUUUCCCCGAACAAAUCAUGACACGAUCAAUGUAUUUGGUUUUAAGAAUUAAAAUACAAUCCUUCAUCUAUCAGUUCAAUUCGU